UCGGCCCUAGGAAGAAAGUUGUAAGGAGUUGGGCGGUCCAAGGAAGAGAGGCGGAAGAGGAGGACUCAGCAGAGUUCCCGCGGCGAUCGUGGGGUUCCCUGGCGCUUGUCCUUCAGCUCACCACGGGCAGCUAGAUUUCAGCCCUCCGGUUCCCGGUGGGCGCUAGAGACUUGGCCCGAGGCCGCGAAGAACUUAUCCUGAGAGCUGUCGCAGCGGGCCUCAUUGUCUGCAGUAACUCUCCGGAUUCCGGAGGGGGAGGACUGGACCGCUAGUCCACUGGGAUUUGUCCAGAGUUCCGGCGGCAGCUGUGGCGGCCUCGGAGACUCCCUUUGUCCUCCUCCCAGGACCUCCUUCUCUCUCCUCAGUGGCAGCUGCUGGGUGGCGCUGAAUCAGGAGCAGGCGUCCCACCCCCCACUCAGCCCCUGACCCCGGGGUGAGUCCCUGGUGACUCCGCCUCUUUUCCAUCUCGGCUGGGCAAAACUGGGAGUCCAGACCGCGAAGCCCAAGUUGCUGUGAGCCAGAGGGAGCCGCAGGGCCCGGGCCCCAGGAUGGUAGCUGGUCGGUUCCAGGGUCGCAGCCCUGGGAGCUGGCUGUACCCCUGCCUGUGGGUGCUAGCUGUGGGCGGUCCAGGGUCAUUGUUGCAAGCCCAGGAUCAACCCUCUUGCAAAAAAGCCUUCGAUCUGUACUUCGUCCUGGACAAGUCUGGGAGUGUGGCAAAUAACUGGAUUGAAAUUUACAAUUUUGUCCACCAGCUUACAGAGAGAUUUGUGAGCCCUGAAAUGAGAUUGUCCUUCAUUGUGUUUUCUUCUCAAGCAAACAUUAUUUUGCCAUUAACUGGAGACAGAUAUGAAAUUGAUAAAGGACUAGAGAAUUUAAAGGCUGUUCAGCCAACCGGAGAGACGUACAUCCACGAAGGACUAAAGCUUGCAAAUGAACAAAUUCAAAAUGCAAGAGGCUUAAAAACCUCCAGUAUCAUAAUUGCUUUGACAGAUGGUAAACUGGAUGGCCUGGUACCAUCAUACGCUGAGAAAGAGGCGAAAAAGUCCAGGUCACUUGGUGCCAGUGUUUACUGUGUUGGGGUCCUUGAUUUUGAACAGGCUCAGCUGGAAAAAAUUGCUGAUUCCAAAGACCAAGUGUUUCCUGUCAAAGGCGGAUUUCAGGCUCUUAAAGGGAUAAUCAAUUCUAUACUAGAUCAAUCAUGUACUGAAAUCCUGGAACUGAGUCCUUCAACUGUCUGUGUGGGGGAGGAAUUUCAAGUUGUUCUGAGUGGAAGAGCGGUCACAUCCAUCAGUCAUGAUGACAGUGUCCUGUGUACAUUCACUGUGAACAGCACAUACUCAAAGAGAGAAAAGCCAAUAAGUGUUCAGCAUAAAUCCAUCCUUUGUCCUGCACCUGUCCUGAACAAAGCUGGGGAAACUCUUGAAGUUUCAAUCAGCUUUAAGGAUGGGAAGUCUGCAGUCUCAAGAUCCUUAACAAUUACAGCCACAGAAUGUUCUAAUGGGAUUGCGGCCAUCAUAGCUAUUUUGGUGUUGUUGUUGCUGUUGGGUGUUGCCUUGAUGUGGUGGUUUUGGCCCCUUUGCUGCAAAGUGGUUAUCAAGGAUCCUCCCCCACAGCCUUCUGCACCAGUGGAGGAGGAGGAGGAAGAACCUUUGCCCAACAAGAAAUGGCCAACUGUGGAUGCUUCCUACUAUGGUGGUCGAGGGGUUGGAGGAAUUAAAAGGAUGGAGGUCCGCUGGGGAGAUAAAGGAUCUACUGAGGAAGGGGCAAGACUGGAGAAGGCAAAAAAUGCUGUGGUGAUGAUCCCUGAAGAAGAAAUAUCCAUCCCUCCAAGACCACCUCGACCCAAACCCACACACCAGGCACCUCAGACAAAGUGGUACACGCCAAUUAAGGGCCGUCUGGACGCACUCUGGGCUCUGAUUCUGAAGCAAUAUGACCGAGUGUCCUUGAUGAGACCCCAGGAAGGAGAUGAGGGCCGGUGCAUAAACUUCUCCCGAGUUCCACAUCAAUAAGACGAGAGCGCGAAGCAUGAGAAGAUAAGAGGGACAGCACAUCUUCAUCAUGCUGACUUCCAACAGAAUGGACAGCCUCGUGCAUCUCAGAAGCUCUUGGCACAACAGCCCAGCUCCUCUCUGUCAGGAAAUGUCCUCUCCGCCUUCUGCUUCCUGUGCAUCAAACGUUUUCAAACACUUAUCCUGCCAUUUACAUGAGAGGUAAUGAAAGUCAGCGAUAACUCAUGAUUCACAACACCAAGAAUACAGAGGAAUGUUAAUUUGCAUUGCUGCCAUGUAUGCAAAGCUCGUUUGAAUGUGUAAGGGGACAAAGCAGGCACAGCAAUGAGGUAACGAUUCCAAAGCAAGGACCAACCGCACAUCCACCAGCCACGCAGGUUUGUAAUGGAGACGGGUUGCUUUUGACUGUGACGCAUGGCGUGUGUGCUUUUGUUCACCAAGAUCUUUAGCUACACGCGAAACAUGAAAUUUCCCACCAAGCUAAACAGAUAAUGGAGCCCACUGCCUUGUAGCUAUGUCAGAUAGCCAAGCCUUUCCAAGCCCUCCAUUACUUUGUGCCUUACGGGAGAUUUCUGACGAGAAAAUCUUGUCACUUUACACGGAGAGUGCACACGCAUGACAAAAUGUAGACGAGACGCCUCAAGGUACUGGAUGCAAGCAGGAUUUUGCCCUUUAGUUCUCCAAGACACCUUUUCUUUCAUUAUGCACUUGGGACAAGAGAAUUAAUAGAGCAUUAAUUCAACAGGAAGACCGCCUCCAACCAAAGACCUGGAGUGCCGCAUAAAGACUCAUGGUCUGAGAUCUUGUCCUAGCCUGGUAGACCCCAUGUCUCAGUGUUUACGAUUUAGCAGUGCGUAAAGCAUUAAUAUCUGUAAACACACCUAGGUGUUUGUUUGGCUUUUAAUUUAAGGAAGCAGUAACUACAAAGCUUUUGCUCAGGGUUUUUUUUUUUUUUUUCCUUCCUUCAAGUCUCCAAGGGCUCUUUGGCGUCACAAGCCAGCAACUCUCUUUGCAUGAAAAUUUCAAAGUUUAAUUAAUAUAAUUAAAGGCAACAGCAAGCAGCAGCCUGUGAAGAUUUCUCUCAUCUUUUUUAUGCCUUUUGACAUUGAAUGACCUACCACUGUAUGGAUAUUACUUGGAAAAUGGAGAGCACCGCACCUUGGUUGUGAUUCAGCCUAGAGGAGAGAAAAAAAAAAGACCUCCUUCCUUCAGUUUAUAAAUUAAAAUCAGGAGGGGCGCCAUCAGAAAGCAUUGACAAUAUACGUACUAUAAAUUUUUAGAAAUAUCACCAUCGUGUCACAUCGACGAUGCCAAAUUAUGUUAGCGUGAGCAGAGAAACACGGUGGGGGAGGAAGGCCGCAGCUGAAGGAAAUAGCUCAGAUGAUCUAGUCACUUUCGAUACUGUACUUCAGAUGGGAAAUGGAUAUUCGACUGGAAACCUGACAAAGCGCGCCUGCUUUGAUGUGAACUGGUAUGGACAAUGACCAGUGGCCGGGUCAGUGGGAUGUCUCUCUGCGAGCACAAAGGCUUAUCAAAUGACACUAAAAAUAAGUUCAACAACCAUCACUUUGGAAGGGAGAAGGCGAACGCCUCAUGUUUGGCGGGCAUGUGAGUGCACAAGAUGGAAAUGAACGAUUUAGAGCAUCCUGGUAUAAUUACCCACAUUGUGCUCUUCGCGGAGAUUUCCAAGGGCCGCAGUGAUACUUUUGGUUGGUAUCCAGGUUUGUGGCAGGGCUCCAAGAAGCCUUAUGCACACAUACAAAUAUACAGAUGCACGCACAUACUCUCUAGCU